AUGAGAAGACUGUAUAUUAAGUUCAAGAGUUUUCAGAAUUUUCAAAAAGCUACUUCAAGCACCUUUUCAAAAGGAUUGGAUAAAAGGAUUGAUUCGAAGCUUGAAGGUACAAGACAGGCGGCUUUUGACAGUAACAAUAAUUAUAAAGAGGAAAUUCCUGUUCGCCCAUUAGAUGUGAUGAUCGAGGGUGACAGACAGCCUUUAUCUGCUCACAAGACGGUGGAACUCGUCUGUCGAGCGACAGGUUCGAGACCGCCAGCCAUCAUCACCUGGUGGAAAGGGACAUCAAAGUUGAAGGCUCUUAAAGAUAACAUCUCCGUCGACGGCAAUGUUACGACAAGUAUCAUUACCAUGACGCCAUCUAGUGACGAUAACGGGAAACAUCUGUCCUGCCGUGCUGAGAAUCCCCUGAUUGCUGCCAGCGCCAUUGAAUAUGGAUGGAAACUAGAGGUCCACUAUAUUCCUCAGUUGACAUUACGGCUUGGAAGCAAACUAAGGCAUUCUCACAUUCAAGAAGGGAACGACGUGUAUCUUGACUGUAGUAUUAUUGCCAGUCCAUGGGUUUCUGAAAUCGGCUGGAGAUUUAAUGGCAAGGAAUUACACACCAAUACUUCAGCUGGAAUCAUAGUCAGCAACCAAAGUCUGGUGCUACAGAAAGUACAGAGGACAUCACGAGGGCAUUAUACCUGUGUUGCUAGCAACAAUGAAGGAGAAGGUGAAAGUAAUGUCGUUCAACUGAGGGUGCAAUACAGUCCUCUCUGCAAGCCUGGCCAGAAGGUUGUUUACGGAGCCGCCCGUCACGAAGCCGUCAAAGUUCUCUGCGAAGUUGAAGCCGACCCCAGGCAAUUGAGUUUCCGUUGGGAAUUCAAUAGCUCAUCCGAUAAUCUUCAGGUGUUAACGUUUGUGGCAGAAGGGCUUCGCAGUGUAGCCACGUACAUCCCCCGAACAGAACAAGAUUAUGGUACUCUUCUCUGUUGGGCUGAGAAUAGCGUCGGGAGGCAGAAGGAACCCUGUGUGUAUAUUGUUGUGCCUGCAGGUCCUCCGGAGCCGGUCCAGAAUUGCUUGGUGACAAAUCAAACGGAGCAAUCGUUCAAAGUUGAGUGCUCAGAAGGUUACGACGGUGGCAUGACUCAACAUUUUGUCUUGGAAGUGCAUGACGCUGUUAACAGCGGACUGCAGACAAAUAAAACUGCUUACGAACCAUCAUUCGUGGUUCAGGGUUUGCCCCCAGGAAUGGAGUUUCUUGUGAUUGUCUAUGCUGUGAACAGCAAGGGACGAAGCGAGUCGAUUGCAAUACGAACUAACACGCUCACGAUACCGGAAAGUCUGACUCGAGUUGAUGACGUCUGGCAAGUGAGCUUCAGUCCAGUGUUAGUCGUUUUAAUUGCCAUUGUUGUUGGACUUGUUCUUCUUGCAAUGAUUGUAGUACUCAUCGUUAAAUUUAGAACAAAACAAAACAACAGAAAAUCUAAUCAAGACGCAUCAAAGGACGAUAAAUGUCAAACUCCACUGAGGAAAGAUACUGAUGAUGAAUGGAAGUCCUGUAGCUGUGCAGGAGAGGAAAAAUGCCCUGACAUCAUACCUGCGCCUUUGAAAGAAGGAGCAGUAGAAGACGAUGAUGACCUUUGUGGGGAUGGUCUUCAUUGGAGGACAUCUUCUGUUGAUGGAGGGCCAGGGAUUCUCUCUCCUGAUUAUUCUAGAAGCGCACUAACUGCAUCAGGGGUAGCUCUGCUUCAGAAUACACCUCCUACACCACCCCUUUCACAAGAGCUCUCUCUCCAGCCCACAUUACUUCAGGAAUAUUCCCCUACGAAAGUCAUCGCAAGAACAGCCAAGCAUGGUCUUGGAGACAGCCAUACAGAACUCAUCACUACAACCAGUAGACAGACCAAAGUGUGAAGUAAUCGCUAACGACAAUUCAAGAAGGUACCAGCGAGGUAUGCUGAGAUGGGGGCUGCCUGCAGCGAAAUAAACCGCGAAUGUGAUGUCACCAUUUAUCAAAACAGCGGACUUUUUUUAUCUCCAUGUGCAAGGACAAAGCAUAAUAAAAAAUAUCGUAGAACAAAGCUGAUAUUUGGAUAUUUUCAAUAAAAACAGCAUCUUAUUGUACAGACUUUCAUGUCUUGAAUUAUCACGACUGCCAUCAAGCCCUGAUGUGAACAUUAAUGUCUAUUCUAGGGAUUAAUACUUUCGGUAACAGACGUUACAACGAACUUGUGAAUGAGUACUUUUAACUGUGAAGAUGGAAUUUGUGCCUGAAACUUGUUUACAAAUGUGGUGAUUUCGGACUGAAAGAACAUAAAUCUUACAAACUUACUGAAGACUAUCUACUGGAUUAGCACAGAAAAUGCACUUACGUUUUUUUAAUUAAAUAGAGUUGUUAAUUUGCUACUUCUCUAAUUGUACGAGGAUCCUCGUAUUUUGCGUACUUAAAUUUUAUUAUUUUGGUUUACUUAACUUUUAGAUGGGAAAAGUGCUCAAAACUUCAUAAUUUAGUUUUCACAAUAAUAGUGUUUAUACUUUCUGAUAAAAAUCAACAUUUGCUUUUAUUUGCUAUGCAAUAUUUUCUACAAAACAAUAUCAUAUUCUCUAAAAUUCUGGCGUUUUAUUUGACCUCGCUAGCUAAAAUUAUUAUGGGUUAAAUUUACUACCAAGCAGCAAAUACUUCAAAGGACAAAAAUUUUUAAUUAAAAAUUUAAAUUAAUUAUAAAAUUGAUUAAUUUUAAUUAAAUUAAACAUUUAAAUUAGUUUACUCAUAUUCCUUUUGCGUGAAAAGUUCAUAGGAAUAGCGCAUUUUUUGUAGUAAGAAAGAUAUCUAUUUAUGGUUUAUUUUUUUGCUCAUAAAAAUAAAAGUCGAUAAUUAAAAAGAAAUUUUUAGGAAUCUACCUGCCUGACCUUAAUAACUGAAUCAUUGAUAACUGCAAAUGUAGAUUAUAUUAGUCGUCCUGAUCAUAAUAUAAAAUGGAAAAAAAAAUGUUGUCACUGCUCAUUUAAGUUUUUCCUUUGCAUUGAACCUGAAGUGCAAAAUAUUAUAGACUAUAUACAUUAAAAGUAUACUGCUACCAGAAAGGUAUUUUAACCAAUAAAAUUUAAUAAAAGUGAUUCCAAGUAACGUUAUAAAUACCUAAGGUAAAUUUAAAGAUAUCUGAAAAAUACUAUAUUAAUAAACACCAGUAUAAUUUUUAAAUAUAAAAUAAUCUUUGACUGAAUAUGCACCCCAUGUUCAAUUCAGUAGUUAUUUAAUUACGUUCACUGUUUCAACUUUGUGCUAACAUUAACUCUAAUCUUUUAAUAAUAAACUUUAGCUACAGUGAUGAAUUAUGUUUACUUUGGCACGCUGAUGCUUUUCUAUACAUUUAAUUUAUUUUCAAGAUAAUUACCACUUCACCAUACCACUUCACUUUAUUGCAAGCAUUAUUAUGUGUACUAAUUGAUUUACGUAGUAUAUCACUGUUAAAGUUUGAAUUUUACAUUAAAAUUUGACAGAAGCUAUAUAAUUUUCUUACGUUAUGCAUUAAGUUUCACAGAGUAUUUACACAUAAGUUUAGUAGAAGACUUCGUCGAAUUUAGAAUAUUUUAUGAAACCUGCUAAAUGGAAAAACUAUGAUUAUGGAAAAUGUAAUCAUUGAAAAACAAGUCUUUCGUGUAAAUACUAAAUGCAAUUAAAAUAAUCUUAGUGAUCUUCAUUUAGAGUAAACAUAAAUAAUAAGUAUGUAAGCAUAAUUUUAUUAGCCUUAUUGAUUGGCGUUAUAGCAGUUUAUAAAAUAAAUUUAGUUUAAUAUUUUUAAAGGCAUAUACCCGUUAACCAUAAGCUAAUGGACACUGGGUAUGAAGUAAUAAAUGUUAAGUCUGUUGUUUUUAUGUACAAAAUUAAAAUAAGAAAUGUUUUGUACAAUAUCUGAUGUCAAACUAUUUCCUGAUAUGUAAUUUAUGUAAUAUUCUACAAUUUUUUAUGAUAUCUUGUUAUGGUCAAAAUAUUCUUAUUACCUGGCUGUCAAGUACUGUAGACUUCUUAUGAUACAUGAUUUAAAAAAUAUUGCUUCGUUAUAUCAUUUAAAAACUUAUCAAAUGUACUAUGAGGAAAUCACCAGUUUUUCAAAGGAUCUGUACUUUUGAAAUCAUCAUUUAUUGCAUUUACUAUCAUUUUCUUUGCUAAUUCAGAAAUCCAGAAUAUUUGUCAAUAUAUUUUAUUGUAAUAGACACUCCUUCUACUCUAAGAAUGAUUUUUCUAAAAACAUAACUCAUCGAUUCAGUCACGUGUUUAAGAAAAUGCUGGAUGAUCAUCUUGUUCUGACUUAAUAAGGAUUACGGACUUUAACAUUACUUAAAUUUAGGGUAUUUUAAAAGCAUAUUUGAUGUCUGAAAAUAUUGUAUGUAUAUAUUAAUGGAGAAAGAAUGGAAAUUUUAUACAAACACUCAAUGGUUCUGGACCCGAAAAUGCUGUGUCAUGAUGUUUUGAUGGAUAAAAUACAGCUUUUUAUUGUUU